GUUUCGCUGUGUGUUGUCGGUUAGCAAUAUUUUUCCGGCCGACGUGAUCGCCGUGCAUGCAUGAGAAGGGAUUUCAUAUGCAUUGCCUUUUCAUUUUUUAUUUUCAUCCAUGUUUUGAGUGGAUUUUCCACACCUCAGACCGGUAUAGACCCUGUUGGGGCCAGGUGUGAAUGGCUUUGCAACAGUUGCUGGGCUGCUUAGAUCAGAUAUGUGGAACAAUAGGUGAAAGACAUGAGAAUCAAUUAUUCCUGAGGAACCUCUUGAACAACAAGGAACUAGCAGCACUUUGUCAGGCUCACUCAAUAAUUGAAGAUUUCGAUGACUGGAAGUAUCCACCAGCUGAUAAUAAUGCAUUCCAAAUGCUGUAUGAGGUCUGUGAAGAGAUGCAGGGAUUUGUCAACAUGCCUGAAGUCAUGGAACUUUGCUGCCUGCUCACUAGAGCCCACAUGAGGGCAGUAUUUGACAUCCAUGACCAGAUUGCCAAUAAGGACUACAUGCCAGAGCUCCCUCCAGAGUUUCCAGGAGAUAUCACUCCCUUGUGUAGUGAUGAGGAGGAGGCAGGAGUGAAGAUAGUCAAACUUGUGAAGAGUGUAGAGCCUCUGGGAGCUACAAUCAAGUAUGAUCCGAAGACUGGAAUGAUAGUAAUUGCAAGGGUGAUGCACGGAGGAGCAGCUGAUAGAAGUGGUCUGAUCCAUGUUGGUGACAAAGUUCAGGAGGUGAAUGGGAUCCCUGUGAAGGGUAGGGAUCCAGAGGAAGUGACCCAUUUCUUGGCCUCCCUGGAUGGUUCCAUCACAUUCAAGUUAAUACCAGCUGAUAUUGAUACAAAGAAGAUACCACAUAGCCAGCAGAGCCAAGCCACUACCACACCCCUGCCUCCCUUUGGAGCCUCUGUUGCACCCAGCAUAUCGAUGGAAGACUUCACGGGGGCUGGUGAUUUUGGCAAGAUAAAGAUGCGAGCCCACUUUGACUAUGAUCCCUACAAGGAUGAGCUGAACCCCUGCCCUGAUGCUAGUUUAUCAUUCAGGAAAGGAGACAUCCUCCAGAUAGUGGACCAAGGUGACCCUCAUUGGUGGCAAGCCAAGAAGCUGGGAGAGAAAGGAUUAAGGGCUGGACUUAUCCCUGGUAGACAGCUUCAAGAAAGGAGGUUGUCUAACCGGCGAUCCAUCAUAAAUGGGAGUCUCGGCAGCAAUUCAUCUUUAGAUUUAUCAUUCAAAAAGAGUAGUGUGAGAAUCAAUGUCAGAAGUAGUUUCAGAACAAACAAACGGAAGGUCAAGAAAGUCAUGUAUCAUGCAAAACAGAAUGAAGAUUAUGACAAUGAAGAAGUUUUAACCUAUGAAGAGGUAGUAUUAUACAAACCGCCUCCUUCAAGACCCAGACCUAUUGUGAUUAUAGGUCCUCCUGGAGUUGGUCGUAAUGAGUUAAAGCGAAGACUCAUUGCCUGUGACCCAGAUACUUUUAGCAGUGCAAUUCCCCACACUUCUCGACCCAAGCGCAUCAUGGAAGAGGAUGGGAUGGAGUAUUACUUUGUCUCCAGAGAGGUGAUGGAUAAAGCAGUGGAAUCCAACCGCCUCAUAGAGUAUGGGGAGUACAAAGAUCAUAUGUACGGCACCAGUAUCCUAGCAACCAAGAGGGUGAUAGAUGAGGGUCAGAUCUGUCUUCUCUGUGUUCAUCCUCAGGCACUGCGGAUCUUAAAGCAGUCUGAGCUGAAGCCAUAUGUAAUAUACAUCAAGCCUCCAUCAAUAGAUGUGCUGAGAGCCACAAGAUUGUCCCGCAAAGCAAUGGUCACCAUGGAAAAGUCACACACAAGGCCUUUUGCAGAUGAAGAUCUUGUGAACAUGGUCCAGGUUGGAAAGCGAAUGGAAGCAAUGUAUCAGCAUUACUUUGACUGUACCAUCACUAAUGACAACCUUCAACGUACCUUCAUGGAGCUGAAGUCAGUUAUCUCCCGUGUACAGACACAGGAACAGUGGGUCUCUAGCAAAUGGCUGAGGUAGACUUUGAUCCUGAGACUAUGGUCUUAUUUGCACAUGCUAGACUUGGACUGCACAUCGGUUUACAUGCACAGAUCAGUUUAGUUCAACACUUCAGUCUAACUUGCUCAGACUAGCUAGUGGUUGAGAUAGAACAAAAUAUAUCUUUAUAAAAACCAGCAUACACUGUAUAUCAACAAUUGUUCCUGAUAGACAAGGACUACACAUCUAUAAUCAAGCCUGCACGGAACUAGAGAUAGGCCAAAUUUCAAACAUAACUAAAGGACCAACUGUUUGUCCCCAAGUUGAGCAAGGAGUAUUUCAGAAAGGACCACUCAUUAUAACUUAUAUUCUGAAAUUACAAGGAUAAGUGCAUGCAUUAUUCCUCAGUUGAAGGAAAAUAAAGCCUUUUUAUUGUGUGCUCCAUUUGCAUGUUCAUUGUCAGUAUUAUUGAUCCUAUUCACAGACCCUUUUAUUGCACCUUUUGAUCUCCACUAUCCUUGAGGCUACAGACCUCUAACAAAGUUCUUGUUUAAGAGGAGUAUAAUGAAAGUUGUACCCUCAAAAAUUACAUCUUCAUGUUCGUAUCCAAAAUAGAUCAGGUUACAAAAAUGUUGAAAAGGUAGUGAUUUUUUUUGCUGAAUUUGGAAUAGUUCCGUAAUUUCCCAUAAAUAGUUCUUGCCUCCUAAUUGUAUCUUGUAUUUGAUUAAUAUGUUUUUUUCUUCAUCUCCAUCCAGCAUACCAAGACUAUACUGUGUUAUUAGAUUAAAAUAAUUUGAAUUGAUUGGAGGUGUUGAUUACAAUUUUAUAUGUGAUCUUCAUCUUACAAAGUUAUAGUUAUUUGUAAUUAUUUGGGAAAGCUUUUGAACCUGAAAAGAUUUAGAGAUAGUACUUAGCACAUUGCAUUAUCUUAUUCAGAUUGUAUAACCUGGGGGGUGUUUCACAAAGAUCCCAAGUCGUACUUAACUCUAAGUUCGACUUAAAUAUUAUGGAGAGCCAUUUGUAGCCUUAAAAUGAAAUAUAUUCAAGAGCAAAAAAUCAAGUAUUGUAGACUUGUCAUAAAUUCCACAUCAAGAACAUGAAAUCUCCAUGAUAGUAGAACAUACAAAUGAUUCGAAUCAACAUUUUAUGCCUUCUUAAAUAACUUUUACAAAAUAUUUUCAUAGAUGCUAAUGGCUUUCCAUAAUUUUUAAGUUAAACCCUAGGAACUUUGUAAAACAUCCCCCAGGCCUGAUAAAAACCAGAUUCAAAUCGGUUUUCCAAUUUUUUUUUUUCUUCUUUUUUUCUCCUGAUUUUUACCCUCUUUUUCUCCAUUAAUAAUAAUAAUAAUAAUAGGCAUUUCUAUAGCGCCAUCUAUCUAGAUAAUUCUAUUCCGAGGCACAUUUAUUAUAACCCUCGCUUUAGCCUAUUCUUCCUUAUUCUUCCCUAUUUUUCCCUAUUUUCUUACUCAAAAGGGGGGAAUGUUGUUAGAUGCCAUUUUUUCCCCUGAAUCCUCUCUUCUUUUUAACUCAAGGGGGGCAUGGUUUUUUUAGUGCUCACUAUCACCCCUGUAUAACCCAUACAUCUUGCAUACAGUGUUCUUAGAGUGUUCCAGAUAAUUGCUCCCCCUCAAAACAAAGAUACAAACAAAAAUGUGUCAAAUGCAUGCAUGUUGUUGUAUACAGCUGCAAUUGUAGUUGUCUUUGUGUAUCUAUGUAAUUUUUUUUAAAUCUAUGUAAAGAUGCUUGAUGUGAUUAUUUGGUGCUUUUGAAUUUGUUGAGGUUCAUUCAAUGUAGAUCAUGUAAAGUGAGAAGAUUAUAUCAGCUUUUGGAAGUUAAUGUUUGUUGCUGCUUUUUAAAAAUUGUACGCCAAUAAGGACCAUAUAUCUAUAGAAAUGAGGCAGCUAGACACAUUUUUACUUUUAAUUGAUCAACAAGUUUUAGAUUAUUCAGGAUGAAACAUUUGGAAAUGUGUUUUAAUCAAACUGAACCUAUUUUCAUCAGUUUAAUCAAGGCAAUUGUGUACUUAUCUGUAGAAGCCGAGUCAACUCUUUUUGUUACAUAUUCUUUCCAAGGAAAUAUAAGGAAUGGGUGAAAUUUCAUACAUUUGUGAAAGAUAGAUGGAGAUAUAUUUUUUAAAUAUAAAAGUGUUUAUUCCUUGCUGCUCUUGUACCACACAGUGUUUUCUCCAAUUAGUUCAGUUCAAUAAUAAAAGUCAUCUAGACAACCAGUUCAAGGGAUAUGUGAUAUAAGUGCAUUUAUGAAAGGACAGUUUUCAGAGGGUUCUAUGUUUGAAACAUGUUGAGUGUCAUUGUUUUUAUGAAGAUUAGCUCAUUCUUUUGAUAUCAGACUCCCUGCAUGGACCUAGGAGCACCUUCUGAAUGACUUUGCUUGGCAUGCUGCAGGCAAUACUGGGGUGCUUCACUCAAUAUUUGGAGUGAAAAUGAGCUUAAGUAAAUGCAAGCACUUCCCCCUCCCCCCCUCAAGUUACAUGUAUCUACAAUAUUCAGAAAGCACCUUUUAGUUAAUUUACAAUGAACGAUGCUACACAAAUGUACCCAAACUGGAGAAAUAAAAAUGGGAAAUAAGUUUAUUUUGUAAGAUAUUUAUGGUAGGCAUUAAAGAUUAAAUCCAGAAGGAAAUUAUAGUUGUGAACGAAGAGAAUAUAGUGCCUUUAAUUAACAGUGCUUUUUAAACUUGAAAAGAUAAAUGAUAAAUAAGAAGGUGUAUGUACCUUGUAACAGAUGCUGUUGGUUCCCACGCAGCCAAGAUAUUGAUACUACUGCAAUACCAAGUCUGCGGGACAAUUAUUAGGUUGUGCAAACAUUGUAACACUUCUGUGUGUAUGCACGCAGUGAGUAAGUGAAAAAGUUUGAAUAACAAAAUUGUAGAUUAUACAUGUAAUGAGUGAUUCCAUGCAAUGUGUCCUGUACGACACAGUCUGUUUUCCACAUAUUCAUUUUAACUUGAAGAAUAUCUUGAUAUGACCAUGGAAUUAUGGUGCUUUCUGGUAUCACAACCAUAGUCUUGGUCAUGUCUAGAGAUUUUUCAUUCACAGAUGAAAUAUAUGGAUAAAUGUACAGAAUCACCCUAUUGUUUUUAUUCUUGCUAAUGGUUUGUAUAAUUUUAUUUAAUGUUCAUCUCAUGCUAGAUUAAUUUUUAAUGUUUUAGGGCUUUAUGCAAUAUACAGAGUAUUUUCUUUUCUUUCCCUUUUUCAUCAUUUCUAUACUGCUUUCUUGUCUCCCCUGACCUAAAUCUGUCAUUUUUUUAAAAAAUUCUGUUCUCAAAGUUUCUAUUUCUCUAUUUUAUUUUAAAUUAUAUUUUUCCUUAUUUAUUUUCUGCUCUCUCUCUCUCUCUCUCUUUCAUUCUUUUUUUUUUCUUCUUUUCUUCUUUCACUUUAUUUAUCCACAAUCUUUUUCAGCUCUUCUGUUUAAACUUUCUUUACCACAUCCAUCUGAUCUAUAGAUUUAUAUUCAGGCACUUACAUAUUCCAAGUUUUAGAAUUGAACUGAUGCAUAGUGUUUGUAGUAUAGUGGAAAAGGACAAAAUGGCAGCAUGUCUGUUCGAAUUAUCUUUAUGAUACUGCAAUGUCUUAUACUGAAUGUUUCAUGAAGCCGUUAACCCAGAUUUGAAAAAUUAAUGUGGAGAAGCUCAUUGUGUAUCUUGAGUAAAAUUUGUAACAUGUAGAGUUGUAACUGUAUGCUUUCCAACUGUAAUUAGGUUUCCAGCGUCAUGCAUCACUGUCUUCAAGUUUUGUGAAGAAUAAACCAGUUCGUAAUUAGCAUAUAUUACAAAUGACCCCAAAUACCUACAGAUCUUUUAAACUUGGAUAGGUGCCACUUUGAGCAUGUAGAAAAGUUAAUGCCAUGGUCAUGGAAGUGCUUCAUGAAUACCUUUGCCCAUUUGAAAAGAAUACUUCCUUGUGUGUAUCAUGAAAUGCACCAUUGGUGUAUAAAUGAAUAAUGAUUUAUAACUUUCACGAGCACCAUCCAGUGUUCAUUUUGUGGGUUUUACAUUUUGGUACAAAUGACCAAAUUCUGCUCAUGUGCAGGAUUGUAUGUACGAACUGGCUCAUUCCAGUUGGCUGACUUUUCUGUAAAGGCUAAUAUGCACUGUGUGUGUGAGGGGGGGGGGGGCGUGGCACUGUCCACCUCCUGGAUUACCAUUAGUCAUAUAAUCAUUAACUGAUUUGCAUUACGCUUGAUUUUUUUUCCUCUAAUUGUUAUGAUGAGAUGUAAAAUAAUAGUCAUCUCUCUGCUUACUUUCACUCUUAUAUUUCACGAGAGUCUUGUCUUAAAUUUGGAAACAUAUGGAGAGAAGGUAUCGACAGGUAUGCCUUAUCCAAGAAGUAUGAGCACAAUUAGGCCUGUGCUCUCCUAAGAUUCCAAUAGUCGAGUUUCAUGUUGUGUGAAGUUCUUAAGAUUAAAGAUUGUGUCUGGUUGCUCAAAAGAAACAACUAGCCAUAAUAUUGAAUGUGAGCUAACCAUGUACAAAGCUAAGCAGAACUUUGGUGCUCAAUGGUGCAUGACCUUUUAGAAACAUCAAGAUAACAUUGAAAAGCCAAGAAAUUAGUCUUUCAGAUCAUGUGAAUUUCAUUGCUGGUAUAUAUACAGGAAUUGUUCAAAGUAGUUGGGUACACCUAGGUACACAGUACACAGUGAUGUACAAUAGUACGACAGAUAUACAUGUAUGUAUAUAAUCUCUGUUGGGGGGGGGGGCAGGGGUUCAUAAAAACUUUGGCUAUACAAGAUGUGUUACUAACAUUGUGAUAAUCAUCUAAUAAACAAUAAAGAAAUUCAUGCUUUAACACGA